CGGGCCGGGCGCGGGGGGCGCAGCGGAGCGGCGGCGGCGCGCAGGGCCAUGUCGGCGCCGUGCCUGCGCCUGCCCGCCGCCGGGUCAGCACCGGCGGAGGCGGACAGCGCCGGCGGCAUGGAGCCGCCCGGGGCCGCCGCCCUGGAGCUGGCCCUGGAGGAGGAGCUGGCGCUGCUGGCCGCCGCCGGGGAGCCGCCGGAGCCGCCGCCGCCCGCCGCCGCCCGCGACCCCGAGCUGCUCUCGCUGAUCCGGCAGAAGGAGAAGGACCUAGUGCUGGCGGCGCGGCUGGGCAAGGCGCUGCUUGAGCGCAACCAGGACAUGAGCCGGCAGUACGAGAGGAUGCACAAGGAGCUCACCGACAAGCUGGAGCACCUGGAGCAAGAGAAGCACGAGCUGCGGCGGCGAUUUGAGAACAAGGAGGGAGAGUGGGAAGGAAGGGUGUCUGAGCUGGAGAGCGACGUGAAGCAGCUGCAGGACGAGCUGGAGAAGCAGCAGGUCCACCUGCGCGAGGCCGACCGGGAGAAAACGCGCGCUGUCCAGGAACUCUCCGAGCAGAACCAAAGACUCCUGGACCAGCUCAGCAGGGCGUCGGAGGUGGAGCGGCAGCUCUCCCUGCAGGUCCACACCCUCCGGGAGGACUUUCGGGAGAAGAAUUCCUCCAGCAGCCAACACAUCGUGCGGCUGGAGAGCCUCCAGGCCGAGCAAGUCCUUGAAAUCAAAAUGCUGACAGACAGGAAGCGGGAGCUGGAGCAUCGCCUCAGUGCCAUGAUGGAGGAGAACGACCUGCUCCAGGGAACCGUGGAGGAGCUGCAGGACCGAGUCCUCAUCCUGGAGAGACAAAGCCAUGACAAGGACCUGCAGCUGCACCAAAGCCAGCUGGAGCUCCAGGAGGUGAGGCUGUCCUACCGGCAGCUGCAGGGCAAGGUGGAGGAGCUCAGCGAGGAGAAAAGUCUCCAAAACCUCAACACAACCAGCACAUCCCUGCUCUCUGAGAUAGAGCAGAGCAUGGAGGCAGAGGAGCUGGAGCAAGAACGAGAACAGCUGAGGCUGCAGCUCUGGGAGGCAUACUGCCAAGUGCGGUACCUCUGCUCCCACCUGCGGGGCAACGACAGCGCCGACUCGGCCGUGUCCACCGACUCCUCCAUGGACGAGUCCUCAGAAACCUCAUCAGCCAAAGACGUGCCAGCCGGGAGCCUGCGCGCGGCUCUCAGCGAGCUCAAGAGACUGAUACAGAAUGUGCUGGACGGGGCAGACUCCACGAGCUCUCGGCGAAGCGACGACGACACCUUAGAGGAACAGAUCAGGAGAACCAGUGAGGAUUCACGAGCCCUGAGGGAAUUAAUGGAGGGAGAACGGGGGAAACUGAGGCAGAGUUUGGAGGAGCUGCAGCGACUGCACAGCCAGGUGACGCUGCUGAGUGUGGAGAUGACGACGCUGAAGGAGGAGCGGGACCGGCUGCGCGGCGCUGCCGAGGACAAGGAGGCGAGCGAACGGCUCCUGCAGGCCAUCAGGGACCGCGACGAGGCCAUCGCCAAGAAGAACGCGGUGGAGGUGGAGCUGACCAAGUGCAAGAUCGACAUGAUGUCCCUCAACAGCCAACUCCUGGAUGCCAUCCAGCAGAAAGUGAACCUCUCGCAGCAGCUGGAGGCCUGGCAGGAUGACAUGCACAGGGUCAUUGACCAGCAGCUGAUGGACAAACACCCGAAGGAAUGGAGCCAGCUUGCUUAUUCCUUCUCCAGUGGCACCAAGCGGAGUGCCAGGCCCUCCCCCGCGCUCAGGCCGGAGCAGCAGGGGGACGAGCCUGGCGGGGCCGAAGGAAACCGUCUCUUCUCCUUUUUCAAGAAAAAUUAAUUUGAAAAAGAGAAAACUCUCCAACAAUUCCUGCUUCAAGAUGGGGAGUGGAGCAGCUGCCCAGCUUGCUGAUGGACCCAAGUCUGAUCCACUGAGUAAAAAAGAAGGGGGCAAAGGAGUUAACCCUUGAGACUGCACUAUUUACACCGCACCUGGUCUGAACCAAAUGUUUACAUGAAUUGGAGAUUUGCAAAUUGACAAUGUGAUUCUAAUAGAAAGAAACUUUUCUUAUUCUAUACGUGAAGUGAUAAAACUUCAGGGUAUAUUUUAGGCGCUUUGACACAGUCCAGUUUCUGCUGUGAAGAAUUCUCUGAUUGUCUUAAAAGCAUUCUUAUGCUGGAGAAGGAAAUAAGCAGCCCCAAGACAGAGUGGUGCAGGGGAUUGAAAACUUCUGUCACAACGAGCAGAAGGGGAAGAAGAGAGCUGAAUGCAAGAGGACAGAAGGGAGCCAUUUGUAUCAGCCUGGCAGCUGUGACAUCCUUCAUCCAUCCCACUGAGACUGGAGUCAUUCUGGCCCCAGCAAUACCAUGUUUUGACAAAUAUAGCUUUCUCUGUGGUGGAAGCAGAGCCCUCGCUGCAGCUCCUGCCUGUGCACCAUGUCCCCUGGAGCUCUGCGUGGCCAUUCACCCUCACUGGGAUCCAGGCUCCUCGCAGCUCAGGGCAGGAGACAGAUAGGUGGUGUCACUGCCCUCUCCAGCUCCCUCCUGUUACAGAGGUAAGAGUUGCAGGCUGUAGCUACACAGAUUUCUCCCCAGGAAACUGACCAUCUGCAACAGAUUACAGACUGGAUAAAAGUUGUGCAUGUUCAGUCCUGGGGCACCUGCUGUUACUCCAAUGGCCAAAAGUAGUUUGGGAGCUUCAGCAAGUCACACACCUUUCCCUAAAGCCAUACACAUCUCCCAAGCAGAGUAAGAAAACUGUCAUUUUAACUGGAUAGGCCCCCAAAAGCCUAACUAAUAAUUCACUGAAAGCCUACUCCCAAUGAUGUCAGUCAGUCUUUGACACUGGGUUGGCAGACUCGAUCCUCAGAAGGCACACUGGCAUCUGCUUUCACUGAAGCCAAAGGCUAUCAGGGUGUCUACAAAGCUCUGCAAAGCCUGCAGGUUACUCUGCCCUAUGCAGUAACACUGGCUAUGGCCUGACAGAAAGGAGUAUUUUAUAAAGUCCCUGCCUUUGGAUCAGUUGCUACUCAGCCCUUUGGUGAGCAGGGCCAGAAAGGUCAUUUUGAUCCAGAAAGGUCCUUUUGAUCAAAGAUCACCAGAGCCUGCUUUGCACAGCUUGAUCAACAAGAAGGAACGUGGCUUUUUUGGUGUAUUCCAGGACACAGCAGUGCUGGAAAUCCUGCAAUACUCAAGUAGGGACCUUCCCUCUGCACCGGAUGGGCACUUUACAGCUCUUUUAUCAGUCUACCAUCAUAAGCCAGUGAGGAGCACCAGGCUCAGUUCAGAGAUGUCCUGCUGCUGUCAUGCAAUUUUCACACAUUUUCCCAGCUCAUAAUGAUCAUGGGCAGGCCCCAGUUUGUUUCCUGCUGCUUUCAAAAGGCCGCCACCUACACUGUCCCACAGCAGACAGAGCUGGCUGCACCUUCAGCUCUGCCCUGCUCAGCAACUUUGGUGCUAACCCACCAUCCCACAGGGAGCUGCUAUCUCUGCUCACUCCUCACAAGAACGAGCUUUCUGCUAGAACAGGUACCAAACACCUUCUAAGCAGCGGGUAAGAGGCUGGUGGCUUGGGUUUUAGUGUUAUUCAGCUUCCCUGUGGGAUAGAACAUCCAUAAUACCUCAGUACAAAUCUCCUUUCUGCCUAUGAAGAUUUGAGCAUUUCUGUAUUUCCUUGUUACAUGAAACCACCGCACUGGUAUGAAACCAUCUUGUACUAAGGCAGCUCUGGGCUGCAAGGAGCAGAGUGCUCUGAGACUGGCAAUGAUAGUAAAGAGCUGAGUGGUGAAACCCAUCUACAUGAGAGCAAUGAAUGCUGGAUUGCAGAGCUUGCUUCAGGAGAUCCUUGGGCAAAGCCCCACCAAUACAGCUUGAUGCUUUUGGGGAAAGGCAUCAGGAGCCUCACAGGCAGGGAAGGAAACUGAACCUUGGCCUCUCGUUUCUAGGCAAUGCUCAGCUGUUGAGUAUCUGCUUGUAGCCACUUGUGCAAGCGAGGGGAAGGGCUGCAGUGCCACAUGCUCUCAGGCCUCAUCCUCCCGUCCUGCCUCUGCUGUGACUCCGGAUAGGGCAGGGACACGAGGCAUGUGCUCAGCAUCUCCUGCUGCCAGGACUCAGUCACACCCACAUGCAUUACCCCAGCCCUGGAUUCCUGCAAAAUGAGGCGUGGCUGCACGGAUGCCCGUGACACCAGUGACACAGUGACACCUGUGACACACUGACACACGUGACACAGUGAAAACGAUGCUCUAUCAUAGGAGAGCCACGUGAACAUCUCGGUCCUCGGGGACCUUUCUUCUGCUGUCAGUUGUCAUUUCCCAGACCCCACCAACUCUCUUCAAGCCACAGCAGUUGUGUGGGACUCUACCCCAGUGAGGAUGGAUGGAUGGAUGGAUGGAUGCAAUCCUAAGGCAAGGGCCUUAAGUUACCCCAUGAAUAUGCAGUAACAAGAUGAAGAAAGGUGCCUUCUGCUACAUUUGCUGAGGAAAGUGACUCAAUCGGUUGCAGGGACAGGCACAGCACAUCUCUUCAUUUAAUGAGACUCCUUAAUACCAUUGCAAUUUUAUUUAUUUAACAAGAGUGACAGAAGAGACUGCAAGAGGAAAGUCUGCAUGUUCUAAGGUGCCAGUUGGGUAUGGUUUCUUCAAGCAAGCCCCUUCACCCUAAAGACUUAGUUGCACUACUAAACCCAGAGAUACAAGAGAACUGGGUGUAAUGAACUGGACAACACACCAAAGGAGACCUCCUUGUGCUGAGCUGCUACUUCACAGGAACAGAAACUGCCUUAACACAGCAGCUAGGUUUUGUCUUCUGUCUUGAAAAACCUCACCGUGCAGUCCUUCACACCCAUUUGUCACGUUGUGUUUUAACAAGGUCCCAACUACUUCACUCUGUGCUGUCAUUAACAUGCUCACCUCCAUCCUGUCAUGGCCAGGAGCCUGGAAUCAGCCUUGCAGUGCUGGUUGGAAGACACUUGCUUCACUUGUGGCAUUUGACUCUUCCAGGACACAUCCACAGUGUAAAGGAAACAUCAGCUCCAGGAGAGGAGAUGGAGGAAGCACAUUAAUCCAGCAGGUACUCAGGAUCCCAAAGGAGAUUUAAUGAGUGGGAUCAGCAGCUCUAAACACAGCCCUCAGCCUUGCAUUUGAGAUAAUGGUAAAUAAAACAGUAGUGCUGCACAGUCACUGUUCAAGUAUUGCACAGAGAAGAGAUGCCUGCUGAGAUUAAGGUUACAAAGGACUUUCCCACAGGUGACAGGUGACUGGGCAAAUGUUUGUCAGGCCAGCCUGAGGGAAAAGGGAUCAGUGUCCCCUUCCUAAACUCUGCAAGGGAAGCAACUGUAAACAAGGAACAAAUGGUAAUGAAAGGCAAGUCACUAGCACUUUAUCUUCCUACAAACUUAGAUCAGCAACUUGCCAUGGAGAUGAACAGUAAAUCAAAAGUUACUGACAAGAGAGUCAUUUUGCAGAGAGAGCAGGAAGUGAGGCUGCAGGCAGGGCCACAUGCACUUGGCCUACUUAGAAUGGUAGAUAUUCCAGAUAUGCCUCUCCUUCAGGCAAACUCUCUACUCCCCACUUGGUUAUAAAAAGCAAGAUUGUUUGAACCAAAAAGCCAAGAAAGGAAGUGUCUGGGUGCUGCAGCAGUGAUUCCCUUGGAUUGAGAGGGAAAAAGCACACAGCAGGGACAAGCAGAAAGAAUGUACCUAUAGAUAUGUACAUAUACCACAGUGCUGUAAUUUUUGUAUGUAGCAGUCAUGUAAAUAAAUGUAUGGUUUUUAUAAGAUACAUAUUAUAAAAAUCUAUAAAGGCAUAUUUUUAGUAAAAACAAUGCUCUUCUUCUUUUGUAAAUAGUUCUCUUCAGAAUAAAACAUCAUUUAUACGAUCCUGUCUCAGCUCUCACCAUUUUACUGUGCCCAGCUGCAAAACAAGCUCAUUUUUUGAACUGUCGUUUAACAGCCAAGAGCAUCUUUGCUGCUGCAUCAUCCCAUGAAAUUCAGCCAGGUAAAGCCCCUGUGUGUGCUUAGGAGAGAAGGGGCCAGGGCAAAAACCUUUGAAACAUUUACAUCUCUUGAGGCACAGGAACACCUAAAGGUGGGUAAAUCAUUCCACCCUCCGGCCAUUUGUGUCCUUUCCUGGCGCUGGUAUGGAGGCAGACUCAAACUGGAAGGAGUUCAGACAGCAAACACAAACAGUGACACACCCACAGCCGGCAGGAGCUGCAGCUCAGACCAUCCACGUGUCCCCAGGAGUCCCCUCCAUCUACUCCUGAAGGGCGCAGACGCUGCAAAGGCACCUUCCCAAAGCAGGUUUCCAUCACUGCCCCAGGAGCAGCCUGGGCAGGGCAAGGGGAUGCUGAAGGCACAACCACAGCUGCAGUUCCUGCACAGAUUAAUUAAACACACAGUAAUUUCCUGGGAAAGUGAGGAGAGACUCCAGAUGCUUUUUAGUCACCUCGGGAGAAGGAGCUUUCAAAGCUCACUCAAUACUUUUUGUUGAGCAGAAAGACAGAAGAUUACAGCACAAUCACAGGCAUCUCACUUCACACAGAAAUGAGUUACCCGUUCACCUUCCUCCUUCAUUCAAACUAAAACAGCAAUUAAACAUUUGAAAGCAUUAAUUAUGGGGUUUUUUUAUAUCCCCUCUCAGGAAAUAACCUUUUACACACAGCAGCAGAGCUCACCCCUGGCGUGCCACCCUCCACCUCCAGGUGCUGGACAGCAGAGGAAACAGAGCCUCAAAGAAAGAUUUGGCAGCUUGUAACCUUUAUUUUUAGUUUUUUAAAAUUAUUUAAAAAGCAUAAUUAGAAACUUUCAUUACAGAAGUAAUCCUAGCAAACCAGUUAGACAUUCCAUUGCUCAACAUUUAGGAAACUUCACAUCAGCACCACUAGAGACACGGUCCCCACCGCUUCCAACUGAACAGUGAUGACAAGAGCAGAGGUAACUGCUCCUCUACAGCCAGCUCAGGGGAAAAAAAAAAAAAAAAAAAGAAGAAAUUCCCACUUUAAGCCAAAAAGCUGGACCUGGAUUGACAGAAUUCCAACCACAGCCACAAAAACCUGGACUCAAAGAGGACCAAUUUUUCCAUAUAAGAGAACACUCCAGGCUUGGGUGCACCAUUUCCUCAUUUUAUUGCAUCAUUUCCAGUAAAUUCAGACAUGUUCUUUACUUCACUCCCUCCUAGAUCUGCACACAGCUACCAACGAGAUUCCCAAAGUAACACAGCUGGGCCCCUCAAUCUGCAGGGGGGAACCCCCACAGGACAGCUCCAGGGACCGGCCCAGCUCCUCCCAGCACACACCACAUUCCACACCGGAGAGCAGGCAGGAUGGACCGGUGUGACCAAAGCCACCACUCUGCACAGCCUCUCAACAUCGAUCAGAGCUCACCCCAGCAGCUUCAUCCCAGCUCACUCCACUUCUUGGGUUACCAGUGCAGGAUAUGUGAAGAGAAGAGGUGGGUGAAGGCAGCUGGAUCCAUAUCCCCAGCACCUGAACCCAUUAAAAACCCACGUGUUACACAUUCAUCGUUUGCACUUCGGAAAAAGUCUUUAAAGUGAUUGACUGUGAUGUGAUUGUAUGAUCAGGGCUCUCACCACAACCUGAAAAAUCUAAAACAAUGCAGGCAAAAUAAGUGACUAAAAUUUAGCCUCUCCUGGAGAAGGGGUGAGGAAGGGAGAGAAGUGGGCUGAUUACAAGCUCAUGGACAUGGGUGAAUCACAUCCUACCAAACUAAGGCCACCAAUUCCAUAGGGCCACUUACUGGCACAUGGAGUAUGUCCACCUUAAGCCUUAAAGGAAGUCAUACCCUCCAUGCCUUUUAAGGUAAAAUUAUUUUUUAAUAUUAUUUAGGCAAUAAUUCAGGUGCUGAGCAUGUCCUUUCAGCCCAGACAUUUGAUACUUUAGUUACACGCACAUACACUCUCCACCUUUAUCUACAUCUAUUCAGGCUGAGGAAGUGAGCCCUUGUUUUCCCAGAAAGGCUGACGAGGGCCAGGAAAAUGUUGCUGAGCACAGCAAGCCCAGUUUGUUUCCAAGUGUGAUCCUCCACCACCACGUAACCCAAGCAAGCAAGCUUUCCAUUUCUUUGCAUUAAACAGCAGUCCUCCUUCCUAGCUGAAGAAUCCUGGGAAUGAUCCUGCAGCUUUCCUAUUCAGACAUCAAUAAGAGCUGGAUUUUUUUUUCAUGCCUUUUCUCUCUCAAAAACAAAACCUUUGCCACCAAAAUUCACAUUCAAGUUGAGAUUGCCUAUUUGUGGACAGGGCAACAAGGAGAAAUUUGGGGGUUUUGGCAGAAUCACAUGAUUUUUGUUCUUCUCAAAAGAAAUGGACCCUCACUUAGGAUACUGGCAGAACCAGAAGCAGAGGUCAAAGUUGUUAAACUUUGCUUAAAAAAAAAAAAAAAAAAAGGUUUUAUCCAAACAAUCC